GAGAAGAAGGAAAGGCGUCCGUUGUUUCUCCGUUAGAGGAAGUUCGAGCACCCACCGGCUGCUCUGUUGCCGGUCGGCGGCACUCUCACUUUCUGCUGCAACUUCCGACAACCCCCGGUUUCUGUUGCAGUCCUCCAUCAAUCGGCCGGAAUCUAUCUGGGGGUUCCAAGCACAGGGUAAGAGAUUUUUCGCACCAAUGGCUUUUAGAAGCGUCUCGUUCCCAUCUACAGCUCCCAUUUCUCAUGUUCAAAGAUUCAAAGACUUGCAGUCUUUUGGUGUACUCAACUACUUUAAACCAUACACAUCAACUGGCCUUGUUUCCGAGUUACCCUCAAACUGCAAAGCUAGUAAACUAUUUUUGGGCACCAGGGGUUCAGUCCAAACGAGAGCUACAGUGAUUUCUGGAGAAGGAGGAGUUCUGUCUUCUUCCAAUGGAAAUGCUGUAGUUGCAAAGGAUAUCAUCCUUUCCAAUCAGUCAGAUUCAGCUUCUAUCAGUAAGAGUUUUCCCAUUGAUGAAGAUGAAUAUGAUUUUGAUCGUCCAACGGAAGGUUUUGCUUCUGUUGCAGAUGCCAUUGAAGAUAUUCGCCAGGGAAAGAUGGUGCUUGUAGUUGAUGAUGAAGAUAGAGAAAACGAGGGAGAUUUGAUAAUGGCAGCACAAGCUGCAACUCCGGAGGCCAUGGCAUUCAUUGUAAAGCAUGGAACAGGUAUUGUUUGUGUGGCCAUGAAAGGUGAAGACCUGGAGAGGUUACAGAUUCCACUUAUGGUGGACGAAAAGGAGAACGAGGAGAAACUUUGUACUGCUUUUACGGUGACAGUGGAUGCAAGAGAAGGUACAACCACUGGAGUCUCAGCUAGUGAUAGGGCAGCAACAGUAUUGGCACUUGCAUCAAGAAAUUCAAAACCUUAUGAUUUUAAACGGCCAGGCCAUAUAUUUCCCCUCAAGUACAGGGAAGGUGGUGUUUUGAAGAGAGCUGGACAUACUGAAGCAUCUGUCGAUCUUGCGGUGCUUGCUGGAUUAGACCCAGUUGGAAUCCUUUGUGAGGUAGUUGAUGAAGACGGUUCCAUGGCUAGGUUACCAAAACUUCGUGAAUUUGCCAAACAGGAAAACUUGAAAAUCAUUUCUAUUGCGGAUUUAGUCAGGUAUAGGAGGAAGAGAGAUAGAUUGGUUGAAAGUGCCGGAGAUGCUGCUCGCAUGCCGACUAAAUGGGGACCAUUUCAGGCAUAUUGCUACAGAUCUAUUUUGGAUGGUAUUGAGCAUAUUGCAAUGGUUAAGGGUGAUAUUGGUGAUGGACAAGAUAUUCUAGUGAGGGUACACUCGGAAUGCCUCACCGGAGAUAUUUUUGGAUCAGCUAGAUGCGACUGCGGAAACCAGCUUGCGCUAGCUAUGCAGAUGAUUGAGGCAGAAGGCAGGGGUGUCUUGGUUUAUCUCCGUGGACAUGAAGGACGGGGCAUAGGUUUGGGCCACAAACUUCGUGCAUAUAACUUGCAAGAUGCUGGGCGGGACACUGUCGAAGCCAAUGAGGAUCUGGGAUUGCCUGUGGAUUCUCGCGAAUAUGGCAUUGGUGCACAGAUUCUAAGGGAUCUUGGGGUGAGAACAAUGAAGCUAAUGACAAACAACCCAACAAAGUACAAAGGCCUAAAGGGAUAUGGCUUAGAAGUUUCAGGUAGAGUUCCCCUGAUAACCCCAAUUACAAAGGACAACAAGAGAUACCUAGAGACAAAGCGCGCCAAAAUGGGGCACGUCUACAACUUGGAUUUUGGAGUUAGAUUUAGAAAUCGGAUUGACGAGCAUGAAACAUCGAACGGUAGUGUUGCCUCAAGCGAUGUGAUGGCUUGAGCUAGCAAUGUCGAAUAAUAAAGUGGAACAGUUGAUAAUCAAAGGUGUUGAAAUGAAAUGACACUGCUGCAGCUGCUGGCUGACCCAUAAGAAAAAAGCCUAACUUGUACUGAAACCCAUAACAUUGGGUAUUAUAGUUAUUAUUGAUUCGGUUUAAUUUGUUAGGUUUAUUGUUUGAUUGUAAUUCACAAUGGAGAUGAAGUUUCAAACAUUAGCACAAUUAUGUGGAAUGAAUUUACAGUGCUAUACUCUUAAGAAAGCA